AUGGCGCUCGUUGAUGUCUUGCUCGCAUCUCUAAUAUUUGUCCUGCCCGCGAUACACAUCCUGGUCGCUCCGCACACAAAAGUCGAAGAGUCAUUUAACCUGCAGGCAGCGCAUGAUGUGCUCAUCUAUGGCACCCCGACCUCGAACAUCCACGAGCGCUUCGUCCAGACCUAUGAUCACCUCAGCUUCCCUGGUGCCGUGCCGCGGACCUUUAUCGGUGCCGUCCUCCUCGCGGGUCUGAGCCAGCCCUUUAUUGCACUCGUCGGGUUUCGCCAUGCCCAGCUCGUGGUGAGAUGUGUGCUGGCUUUGUUCAACGCUUCUUGUCUUCUGGUCUUUAGGAACGCCGUCCAACAGGCGUAUGGCAAGGGGACGGGGAGGUGGUGGACGGCGCUCAUGAUGAGCCAGUUCCAUUUGGUGUAUUAUCUGGGGAGAACGCUGCCGAAUAUGUUUGCCUUUGGACUAACAACACUUGCCUUCGCGCUCCUCCUGCCGAAGGCAUCUCCUGCGCAAAUCAACGUCCGCGCCAGACAGGCCCUCAGCAUCCUCACCUUUGCGGGUGUAGUAUUCCGGUCUGAAAUCGCCAUUCUCGUCCUCACGACGAGCGUCUACCUCCUACUCACGAACCAGCUGACCCUGCGCACCAUCACCCUUGUGGGCGCCUUCUCCGCCGCGGCCUCGCUUCUCAUCUCUGUGCCCAUAGACAGCUACUUCUGGCAGAAGCCCCUGUGGCCCGAGCUCUGGGGCUUCUUCUUCAAUGCCGUGCAAGGCUCGUCUUCGGACUGGGGGACGUCCCCUUGGCACUACUACUUGACGUCGGCAUUGCCCCGGCUCCUCCUCAACCCGCUGGCCCUCCCACUGAUACUCUUGUCAGCUUUCCAUCCAGCUCUGUCCCGCCAGACUAAAGCCCUCCUACUGCCCAGCCUAUCCUACAUAGCAAUUUACUCGCUGCAGCCGCAUAAAGAAACCCGCUUCAUAUUUUACGCCGUUCCUCCGCUCGUCCUGUCCGCCUCCCUAUCCGCAAACUACAUCUCGACACGCGUUUCCAAAUCGCCCAUCUUCAAACUCGCAACCUACACACUGAUCCUCUCCAUCCUAGCUACUCUCUCCGCCAGUACGGGCAUGCUUCUCCUCUCAAGUCUGAACUACCCCGGCGGGGAAGCCCUCACCCAGCUGUACAGCCUGGCGGACAAGAAUGCAACGCCGAUAGCCGUCCACGCCGACGUCUUGGCCUGCAUGACGGGAAUAACACUCUUCAAUCAGAAUAAGCACGGUCUGCCUCUUGCAUUGAGUGACUCCCGGGAUGCACAAUCUACACGGCAGACGGUCUACUUGUUCGACAAGACGGAGAAGAAUGAGAAGCUCGGGUGGCCAUCUUUCUGGCAGCAGUUUGACUAUGUACUGCUAGAGGAUACGGCUCUCGCGUUGGGGGAGUGGGAUGUGGUCGGGGUCGUGUGUGGGUAUAGCGGAAUCGAAGUGCUGAGACCGGGACAGAGAGGGGGAGAGGACAAGUACCGAGCUCUUGGGCUGGGAGCGGACAUCAGGCGGUUAAGGGGCAUGGUGAGGAAGCAUACCGGAGGUUGGUGGAUUGGGCCGAGGAUGGCCCCGAGGAUUCACAUCAUGAGACAGAGACACAUUGCGUCAUGA